AUGACGGCGGCUCCUCCGUCUCUUCUUCUGCUCUCUCUGCUCCUAAUUUCUUCUCCUCUCUCGCACGCCUUGUUCUUUUCCAACUAUCAAUCUCUAUUUUCCCUCUCCCACUCCCUGAUUUCCCGGGUCGCCACACUCCGCCUCGCCCGCGGCGAUUUCGUCGGCGCGGAGCGGGCCAGGACGCUGGCCCGAAACAUCGAGCGCUUCACGGGCCUGGGCUUCUACAAGUUCGCCUGGAACGUGGGGUGGGAGUAUGUGAGGAAUUACGCGUGGGGAGACGCGGCGUCGUUUCGAACCCUAGGCGGCUUAAUUUCAGAUCUGAACGAGCUGCUGGGAGCUCUGUAUGAGCUGAACCGGAUCGAUUCGGACGCGGAGAGGGUCGCUUGGAUGGGUCGGAAUUACAAAAAAGCCCUUGGUCUCUCGAAGUCGAUCUUUGCUCGGCUGCUCACUGUUUUCCGCCAAUCCGGGCCGUUGCGCGAAGCCGUGGAGGUUUUGCAGCAAGAAGUUUUGGAGGGUGGUUUGCUGAAAGACUGCCUUGAGUUGGGUUCUGAUGAUCUCAAGGGCUUGAUACAAGUUGUUAAGGACAUUGCCUUCCAAUAUUCCUCAGGUUCUUCCAAAACCGACUUGUGA